ACGACGACCGACUCGCAUCCUCCCAAGAAACGAUCAUGCUGCGGCACCAUCGUCCAUACGCCAAAUUCCUCGCGAUACGCCAACUACCCCCAUAGCCGCUUCUUACAAAAGUUUCCCUUCCUGGUUGAGAUGUUCUACUGGGCCAUCAACCUGCUCUUCUACGUCAGCAUCAAGGGCAUCAGCGGCCUCAUCUUUUCCACCGAUGGAGUGUGGCAGAUGGCUGAGGGCCACGGUAUUGCUAUCCUGAACUUUGAGCAAAAUGGUCCCUUUAGCUUCUUGUUCCCCAUGCGCGAGGUUGCUGUGCAAACCUUUUUCAGAGAAGGCCACCAAACCAUGUUGACGAUCCUGAAUCGGGCCUACUCUCUCAUCCAUAUUCCCGUCACUGUUAGCUUCCUCGCCUGGUACUACUAUGCCGCGCCGACCCACGCCCAGUUCGCCGCCGCUCGCCGCAUGAUGAGCCUUACCAAUAUUGUUAGCUUCUGCGUCUUUACAACAUAUCCCUGCAUGCCUCCCCGUCUGCUGCCCGAAGAGUACGGCUUCUUCGAUACCGUCCGUCACGAGGACGCCGAGUCCAUCUACGCUACCAACCAGUUCUUCAACCAGCUGGCGGCUUUCCCCUCGCUGCACUUUGGCUACUCGUUCUGCAUCGGCACCGUUCUCAUGUACCACUCUGGCAUUUUCCGCCGCCGCCUCGCUCCCCGCGAGAAGCGCAUGUCCAAGGCCUGGCAGAUCUUCUUUGCUGUUCUGAGCAUCGUGUACCCGUGCUUUGUCCUGACAAUCAUCGUGGCAACAGCUAAUCACUACUAUCUUGAUGCGAUGGCCGCCACGGGCGUUGUGGCCAUUUCUUGGCUUUGCAACCGCUAUCUUCUGUAUCUUCUUCCCCUGGAGGAUGUCUUCCUCUGGUGCGUCAAGCUGGAGAAGCCUGUUCCCACCACUGGCAACCGC